UAUAAACACGACGAUGGCGCUUCCUGGUUCAGAUCGGUAGAAUGAUCGCGAAAUAGCUUCUGCAUUAUAAAUGUUGGCAUGGCUUUAGCAAACCACUCAUUGGAGUCCGCUCGAACGGUUGAUUUGUUUUGUACCGUGGAUUUGACCAAAAUAUAUUCGCUUGUAAAAUUGCCGUCUCUCACGUUGGUGUCGGCAUCAGCGCUAGCAAAUUGGCAUUUUAUUGCUGGACAUAAUGCAAUCAUUAAUAUACGAAUAAUUAUGGAUGAUUGAGCUGCACUAUAAACUUAAUAAUUAUUCAGAACGAAUGAAUUUCUUCAAUAACGUUGUCAACUGGCAGUCUAUCGUGUAUUUGAAUCUUGGUGCAUGUUGCAGCCUUUAUAAUGACCAACGUGAAUAUUUUUAUAACAAUUGCCAAACAGAUCUGGAGCCAACAGCAUGGCGAGUCGUAUAUUAAAAAAUCUAUUUCUAGUGCAGCUUUAUUGUACCGUUCAGGCAGCUGUGACGGUAUUGAUCGAAGAAGAUCUCCAAGAAUGUGACAACGGUAUGCCUCUAACCAAAGUAGACAUAACAGGGGUACAAAUCAUAACCGAAGAAAAUGGAACACUGACCGUGAAUGGGACGGCUCGCUUCGACGAUGAGUACGGAAGUCCGACUAUGUGGAAGAUGUACUCCAAACGGCUGCAGCGUGGCCAAUGGGUGACCGGACUGCUGAGUCGUGAAAUCUGGAACCUGUGUCCGGUGCUUCUAUCACCCAAUGAAUUAUGGUAUCCCCUGAUGGUGAAGAUGCACAAGAAUAGGUGUCCUUUCCCGAAAGGGUACGAAGAGCACAUGAACAUGGUCAACCUCGGUAACCCAGCGCAUUACUUCAAAAUUCCUCCGGAUUUUAUCGGCGAGUGGCAGGUGUAUAAUGAAAUAACUACCUCCCGCAGAGGACAUCCAGAGAAAGAGUGCUUUUUAAUUAAAUUGACGAUUACGGAAGUUUAGGUUUCAUCUGUUCAUAUAUCGCUAGAAAGAAAAGUAGUACGUGUAACUAUUUACUCACAUUAAAGAAGUGUUUUUAAACCAGUGAUAUUGAUGUUGACCAUAAUUGUUAAAGUUCGUUUGGUACAAUCAAACGAUUUCGCUUAUCAACUCCUGAUCUGACUAGUUCCUAAAAUACAAUUUAA